AUGACGGUCCGCCGCCAACGCCGCCGCCCAGAGCAGAUGAUCAGAACGAAGCCGGCAGCAGCAGGCCACCCACGCCGCCUGCACGCGCAUUGGAUGAAGGCCGCAUUUGCCGCUACGUCCGUCGACACCGAGGCAGAUCUCGCCCCGCAUGAUGCAGCCUCUUCCGCGACCGAUGCAAACACAGUCGACGACGGCGAGCCCGGCGGAAGUCGAGCCCCGACGCCUCCUCCACGCUCAACCACCGGAUCGGUCGACGAUCUGGCCAAUUUGAGCCGCGCCCCGACGCCUCCUCCGCGCUCCACCACGGGCUCCGUGGACGAUCUGACUCAUCCAAGCACUGCAGACUUCUCCAAACCACUCGUCAACGGCAAUGACGCUACUGCCGCGGCUCCUCCGAUUCAGGAAUCCGCGCGCUCUCUGGCCGGCUCGCUGUCGGAUUUAACAGCAACGAGCGGUGUCUCCACACCGUCGUCCGAAAAGUCACACUCGCGUCCCAUCAGCGCCGAGUUUGAUGCCGUGCAGGUCCAGGCUUCGACCAAGGCCAUCGGAACAGCGCCUGCCAAGUUUUCACGGCCAGCACCGCCGAACGCUUCCAAGCACGUCAAGCGACGAUCGAUUGGUAAUGUACUUGACACCACCACUGCAGAUACGUUUGCCGCGCCAGUCACUGCUGCUGCUGCUGCUGCUGUUGCUGCUGCUGCUGCUACUACUACUACUGCUGCUACUACGACUACUACUGCGGCCGCGGCGACGUCCACCCCUGUCGCGGCCCCUUCAAAGCCAACGCCAGCUCCUACCACAAAGCCCACCCCGGCCACCCCUGCAACAGCUCCCGCAAAGCCCACUCCGCCCACGGCCGUGCCUGCAGGACCCGUUGUGACGAAAAACGCCCCGCCUCCGUCCCCACCCACUUCUGCAGGCUCAAAGCCUGCCGUGCCUGCGACCAAACCAUCGCGAGCCUUUGUUGAGGCAAAACUGCAGCAAUCUCGGGCGCGACCCCCACCUGCGCAGCCGCUCUCAACAGAGCCAACCACGCAGCUCUCGGCGGCAUCGCGCCAACGCGCCAACAAGAUUUCGCCUGCUGUCUCGACCGAAGAUAUUAUUGCCCAAAUUGUCGCCAGCAACGAGGCAGCCAUUUCACCCGUCGUUGACCAAGCGACUCUGAGGCGCGCUAUUCUCGCCGAGUCCGCCAAGGGCUCGCGCACUGGCUCGCGCAUGUCGUACAUUGACGAUGGAAAUAGUGGAGGCGGCACGGUGGCAUCGCGCAAGUCCAUGUAUGGCGGCGACGCGCAGCAGCAACAACAACAGCAACAACUCGCCGAGCGUCUCUCCGGCUUCAGCUCGUGUUUCUUCCGGCAUUAA